UGAUUCGCAUUUUCAUAGGGUGAGAUCCAUCCAAAUGAGCAAUGGCAGCGAUGAAUGCUCUCAACGCCUCCGGAAUUAAAGUCAGAGGUCACAAUGUUUUCUGGGGAGAGGAAUCUUCACCAUGGGUGAAGACGUUGAGCUAGCAUGACCUCCAAGCUGCCAUGGACAAAAGAAUAAAUAACGUUGUUAACAUGACGAGAAAUUAUGUCCGCCAUUGGGACGUGAACAACGACAAUCUCCAUUUUGAUUUCUAUGAACAAAGAACACGUGACCCGAACAUCACCAUGAAGAUGUUCUCAUCAGUCCAUAAGGUGGACCCCAAUGUCCAGCUCUUCCUUACCGAUUACGGUAUUAUGGUUCACAAUAUGGCACAGUCCUUACGGGACCAAGCAAUGCUGUUCAAAAGUGCCGGAGUCCCAAUCCAUGGAAUCGGGAUUCAGAGUCAUCUUAAAAAUAUGGAUACCGACAUUACAGCUAUGAAGGCCCGACUAGACACCGUUGCAGAGGGUUGCCCAUUUGGAUUACGGAGCUCUCUGUAGAGACGACAAAUCAAACAGCCAGGGCUAGUGUUCUUAG